AUGGAGGAGCAGGGUAUUCAGUGCGCCCCGCCGCCUCCCGCCGCCUCCCAGACAGGGGUACCUCUCGUCAACCUCUCCCACAACUGCACCGCCGACGGCUACAUUUACCAGGACUCCAUCGCCCUGCCCUGGAAAGUCCUGCUGGUUGCUUUGUUGGGGCUCAUCACCUUGGCCACCACGCUCUCCAACGCCUUUGUAAUCGCUACUGUGUAUCGGACCCGGAAGCUGCACACCCCGGCUAACUACCUGAUCGCCUCUCUGGCAGUCACUGACCUGCUCGUGUCCAUCCUGGUGAUGCCCAUCAGCACCAUGUACACGGUCAGUGGACGCUGGACACUAGGCCAGGUAGUCUGCGACUUCUGGCUGUCGUCGGAUAUCACCUGUUGCACUGCUUCCAUCAUGCAUCUCUGUGUCAUCGCCCUGGACCGCUACUGGGCCAUCACUGAUGCGGUGGAGUAUUCCGCUAAAAGGACUCCCAAAAGGGCGGCCAUCAUGAUCGUGCUGGUGUGGGUCUUCUCCAUCUCUAUUUCGCUGCCACCCUUCUUCUGGCGUCAAGCCAAAGCGGAGGAGGAGGUGCUGAAUUGCUUUGUGAACACCGACCACGUCCUCUACACGGUCUACUCCACGGUGGGCGCUUUCUAUUUACCCACCCUGCUCCUCAUCGCCCUCUAUGGCCGCAUUUACGUGGAAGCCCGCUCUCGGAUUUUGAAACAGACACCCAACAAGACUGGCAAGCGCUUGACCCGCGCUCAGUUGAUAACAGACUCCCCAGGAUCCACGUCCUCGGUCACCUCUAUUAACUCCAGGGCUCCGGACGUGCCCAGUGAGUCCGGGUCUCCUGUGUACGUGAACCAAGUCAAAGUGCGAGUCUCAGACGCCCUGCUGGAAAAGAAGAAACUCAUGGCCGCUAGGGAGCGCAAAGCCACCAAGACCCUAGGGAUCAUUUUAGGAGCAUUUAUUGUGUGCUGGCUGCCCUUCUUCAUCAUCUCCCUGGUGAUGCCUAUCUGCAAGGAUGCCUGCUGGUUUCAUAUGGCCAUUUUUGACUUCUUCAAUUGGCUAGGCUAUCUUAACUCCCUCAUCAACCCCAUCAUCUACACCAUGUCCAAUGAGGACUUCAAACAAGCGUUCCAUAAACUGAUAAGCUUUAAAUGUACAGGUUGA